AGCUGCAGUGUAGACAGGGAGGGGGAACCUGGGGUUCCGACGUCGCGGCGGAGGGAACGAGCCCUAACCGGAUCACCGAGGCACAACCCGGCUCGGUGUCGCCUGACCGCGUAGGCUAAGAGAGGCCAGGCGGCCCUCGGGAGCCCAGCUGCUCGCGUCUGGAGCCAGCGCAGCCCGGCCAGGCGGGCCUCAGCCCGGGAGACAGCCACGCCCCCUGAUUUCGUCAGGAUGGCCCAAUGGAACCAGCUCCAGCAGCUGGACACGCGGUACCUGGAGCAGCUGCACCAGCUCUACAGUGACAGCUUCCCCAUGGAGCUCCGGCAGUUCCUGGCACCUUGGAUUGAAAGUCAAGAUUGGGCAUAUGCAGCCAGCAAAGAGUCACAUGCCACGUUGGUGUUUCAUAAUCUCUUGGGUGAGAUUGACCAGCAGUAUAGCCGAUUCCUUCAAGAGUCCAAUGUCCUCUAUCAGCACAACCUGCGAAGAAUCAAGCAGUUCCUUCAGAGCAGGUACCUUGAGAAGCCCAUGGAAAUUGCCCGCAUUGUGGCCCGAUGCCUGUGGGAAGAGUCUCGCCUCCUCCAGACAGCAGCCACGGCAGCCCAACAAGGGGGCCAGGCCAACCACCCCACAGCUGCUGUGGUGACGGAGAAGCAGCAGAUGCUGGAGCAGCAUCUUCAGGAUGUCCGGAAGCGUGUCCAGGAUCUAGAACAGAAAAUGAAAGUGGUAGAGAAUCUCCAGGAUGACUUUGAUUUCAACUAUAAAACCCUCAAGAGUCAAGGAGGAGUCUUUCCUCCUGCAUCAGACAUGCAGGACCUGAAUGGAAACAACCAGUCUGUCACCAGGCAGAAGAUGCAGCAGCUGGAGCAGAUGCUCACAGCGCUGGACCAGAUGCGGAGGAGCAUCGUAAGUGAGCUGGCGGGGCUUUUGUCGGCAAUGGAGUACGUGCAGAAAACACUCACAGAUGAAGAACUGGCUGACUGGAAGAGGCGGCAGCAGAUUGCGUGCAUUGGAGGCCCUCCCAACAUCUGCCUGGAUCGCCUGGAAAACUGGAUAACUUCAUUAGCAGAGUCUCAACUUCAGACCCGCCAACAAAUUAAGAAACUGGAGGAGUUGCAGCAAAAAGUGUCCUACAAGGGGGACCCUAUUGUGCAGCACAGGCCAAUGCUGGAGGAGAGGAUCGUGGAGCUGUUCAGAAACCUAAUGAAAAGUGCUUUCGUGGUGGAGCGGCAGCCCUGCAUGCCCAUGCACCCUGACCGGCCCCUUGUCAUCAAGACUGGUGUCCAGUUCACUACUAAAGUCAGGUUGCUGGUCAAAUUUCCUGAGUUGAAUUAUCAGCUUAAAAUUAAAGUGUGCAUUGACAAGGACUCUGGGGAUGUUGCUGCUCUCAGAGGAUCUAGGAAAUUUAACAUUCUGGGCACAAACACAAAAGUGAUGAACAUGGAAGAGUCCAACAAUGGCAGCCUGUCUGCGGAAUUCAAGCAUCUGACCCUGAGGGAGCAGAGAUGUGGGAAUGGGGGCCGUGCCAAUUGUGACGCCUCCUUGAUUGUGACGGAGGAGCUGCAUCUGAUCACCUUCGAGACUGAGGUAUACCACCAGGGCCUCAAGAUUGACCUCGAGACCCACUCCUUGCCAGUUGUGGUGAUCUCCAACAUCUGUCAGAUGCCAAACGCGUGGGCAUCAAUCCUGUGGUAUAACAUGCUGACCAACAACCCCAAGAAUGUGAACUUCUUCACGAAGCCACCAAUUGGAACCUGGGACCAAGUGGCAGAGGUGCUCAGCUGGCAGUUCUCAUCCACCACAAAGCGAGGGCUGAGCAUUGAGCAGCUGACUACACUGGCCGAGAAGCUCUUAGGACCUGGUGUAAACUACUCAGGGUGUCAGAUCACAUGGGCUAAAUUUUGCAAAGAAAACAUGGCUGGCAAGGGCUUCUCCUUCUGGGUGUGGCUAGACAAUAUCAUUGACCUUGUGAAAAAGUAUAUCUUGGCCCUUUGGAAUGAAGGGUACAUCAUGGGCUUCAUUAGCAAGGAGCGGGAGCGUGCCAUCCUGAGCACGAAGCCCCCAGGCACCUUCCUGCUGAGAUUCAGCGAGAGCAGCAAGGAAGGGGGUGUCACUUUCACUUGGGUGGAAAAGGACAUCAGUGGCAAGACCCAGAUCCAGUCUGUAGAACCAUACACCAAGCAGCAGCUGAACAACAUGUCGUUUGCUGAAAUCAUCAUGGGAUAUAAGAUCAUGGAUGCUACCAACAUCCUGGUGUCUCCGCUGGUCUACCUCUACCCUGACAUUCCUAAGGAGGAGGCAUUUGGGAAGUAUUGUCGACCAGAGAGCCAGGAGCAUCCUGAAGCUGACCCAGGUAGUGCUGCCCCUUACCUGAAGACCAAGUUCAUCUGUGUGACACCAACGACCUGCAGCAAUACCAUUGACCUGCCGAUGUCCCCCCGCACUUUAGAUUCAUUGAUGCAGUUUGGAAAUAACGGUGAAGGUGCUGAGCCCUCAGCAGGAGGGCAGUUUGAGUCACUCACGUUUGAGAUGGAUCUGACUUCGGAGUGUGCUACCUCCCCCAUGUGAGGAGCUGCAAAUGGGAGCUGCAGAGAUGACUGAGGCACCUGCCUGCUCCGGGUUCCACCCUUAAGCAGUCAAACCCCAGCUCAUCUGAGACUCCUAACUUUGUGGUUCCAGAUUUUUUUUAAAUCUCCUACUUCUGCUAUCUUUGAGCAAUCUGGGCACUUUUUAAAAUAGAGAAAUGAGUGAGUGUGGGUGAUGUGCUUUUAUGUAAAGAGGAAAGCGCUCUCUGAGUCUGUGAUGGGGAUGUGAAAGCAAGCAGGGCUGGAGGGAGAAAAGCAAAUGCCUUGUGGUCCCCACCCUCCCUCCUUUCUCAGCAGCUCCUUGUCAUCCAUUGUUAGAUUAGUGCCUCCUGGUGCCGAUGGCAUCCUUCUGCCCAUUUCUGUGAGCUGAUACCCCAGGCUGCCUGCAGCUGAGGACUCCUGGCAUUGCACUUUUAACCUUGCUAAUGUCCAAAUAGAAGAUAGGACUAAGUCCAUAGGUUUCUUUUUAAAUUAAAAAAAAAGUAAUAAGAAUUAAAGGGCAGCCAGGUGGUGGUGGUGCACACCUUUAAUCUCAGCACUCAGGAGGCAGAGGCAGGCAGAUAGAUCUCUGUGUUGGAGACCAGCCUGGUCUACAAGAGCUAGUUCCAGGAUAGCCUCCAAAGCCACAGAGAAACCCUAUCUCAAACUCCCCUCCCCCCAAGGCAAAUUAAAAAAAAAAUAAUAAGAAUUAAAGGGCAAAACACACUGAGACAGCAUAGCCUUUCUGUAGCAAAGAAAACUUGGUUCCUAGCCUCUUUGGUGCUUUAAGUGUAAAAACCCUGAAAUGGUUUCCAAUGAAAUCUGGAAAAGACAUCUGAGGCUGUGGCUUGGCCUCUGGUUUGAACACGAAGGUUAGAGAGAACCUAGAUAUCCCAGACUCUUCAUAAACCGGGUUUUAUUUACCCAGGUGUGUGCUCCCCUAUUGGAGGGGUGAGGUUGGCCAAGGGCACUGAAAACCUCUAUCAUCUGCUCUCCCCCUAAGACUCUGGACCCUGUUUCAGAGUCAGCCUGUCCUGAGGGUGCCUUACUAGGCCUAGGAUCAACCUGGCUUCCUUUCCCACUUGACCUUGCUUGUGGUAUGUCUCCUUCCCAUGUCCCAAGGUCCCUGUCCUGCUUGCAUUGGGAGUCCUGGUCUCGGGACCUUGUGAUCAGAGAGACUUAAGAUACAGCUUUGAAUCGGACUUGGACUACAGGUCCUCAGCAAAGCUCAGGGAUUAUGGGCCUUAUUCUAUUUGCUUGGUUCCCAGGGGCACCUGUAACCACAGGGCAAAAGAGAGAGGUGUACUCUUGGUCUCCCCUGAGAUUAGUGAUUGUCUGCUCCUCAUUGGGGCCCCUGGGGUGCGGUGGAACAGGGUGCCUGCAUCUACCGUGGCCUUCAUGUCACCUGCUUGCCUCCGCCACGUUACUCGCUCAAACACUCAGUGGUUUAAGGAAGACCUCCUCUGACACAGAGGCAUGGCUAGAUUCAGUGACUCAGAGACACCGUGCUCAGCUGACCAGUGCCUGAAAUUCUGUUUGUUUCACUCAAAUUAACCAGUGUAUUAAUUAAAGGGGUUAGGACAUUGUCUCCAAGACAAACUGCUUGCCUUGGCUACCCCUGGCCUUCUGCUUUGAGACAGUUAUUGCUCCCCCUUCCCCAGAACAUUCUUUAGUAUGCAAUAAGCUGAAGUCCCAGGCCAAAAGGGUAUUUGGAAAGGCAAGGCUCGGGGCAUACUGACGACUUUAAAGCCUGGGGACCCGGGGAGCAAGGGCUCGGGCUUCUCUGGGACAGAUGUUGUAAAGGUCCCGGCUCUGGGAAGUUACCUGGGUGGCCUGGGCUAACCACCUGUAAUGAUGACAGCUCCAAGGAGAGCAGAAACUUGCCCAUGGAAUCCUCAGAACAGCCCACUUUCCUUCCUGUGAUCAUGCCUGUCCCCAGCCUAACCCAGCCAUGCCUGCGGAUUGCUUAGCCUCUCUGUACAGUGGUUUGUUUUCAAUCCUGGCCACUGCAUUCAAAUUCCAAUGUAUACUUUCUAGUGUAAAAAUUUAUAUUAUUGUGGGGUUUUUGUUGUUGUUGUUGUUUGUUUGUUUGUUUGUUUUUUGUAUAUUGCUGUAACUACUUUAACUUCCAGAAAUAAAGAUUAUAUAGGAACUGUC